AUGGCAUCUCCGAGUGACAGGACGAAGCCUGGAGUAUCCGAUUCUCUCACACCAGCAAAGCGUAAAUCUACCAUCGACCGCCAAAUUGAGUAUGCCAAAUCGGUACAUGACACCGGCAGAGGUCUGGCAAAGGCGCAACUAGCUUUGAAUGAGAGCAUCAGAGCAUUGCAGAAAGACAAUCUCACCGAAGCGAAAAAAAAGAAAAUUAUAGACGACCUCAUGGUGGUCCAUGCAUACCUGGGACACUGCUCAACACGGCUGGUCAAUGAUUCCGCCAAGGUGGCCCCAAUUUCCGGUGCUGGGUAUGCAAUCGCCCGAGUAGCCACUGCAGAGAAGAACAAUGCCUUGAGCAAUAAUCGUCGAUGCACUCCCAUACAAGAGAUUUCUCAGCUAAUGGCCAACCAGCCAACAACGAACAAACGCCAAAAGAAUGAGCCAAGGAGACCCAAAAACAAUCCACCACCUGCUGUGCUGUAUCCUCCUCCUGCCAAUGGUAAAGAGUACGGGCGAAGAGAAUUCCUUCGCAUCCUCACAUCCUACAAAAAAAGAUCCUCGCAGCGGGCACAAAUUGUGAAAGAAUCCAUGGAGAAUAUGUGGGUGCCAGUUGGCAGUGCUGCUCUUAGGGCGGUGCUGAGAAAAUUGGAAAAGCAUGUGGAAGAUGGUGGGACAGUAGAUACCUAUCCUGAUGAUCCUUGGUUUGCCAAGAAAGGUGGUGCGCCUUGUAAGGUUGUGGAAUGGAACGAGUUUGGUGAAAUGGAAUUGGUUGCUCCUAAAGAAACCGCCGCAGCAUCAAAAGCCAGACCACCCCAAGUAGGACAGCCGCCUCCCUUGCCGGAACCUUUGAAUGGGGAGCAAUAUGGGUGCCGGGAGUUCCUUCAAUUCAUCACAGCCUACAAAAAGAUCAGUCGUCACAGAAAACAAUCAAUAACCGAAGCCAUCAAGAGAAAUUGGGUGCCCCUUACCCAAGUUGAAGAUGUGAAAGCUCUUAUCGAACAAUUCGAAACUCAUCUCGAAAAUGGUGGCACAGUAGACAGCUUUGAAGAUGAUUAUUGGGUCGUUGCUAAAGCGGCAGCUUCCAGUUUGGACUCCAGUGGUCCAGAAGAGAUGCAACCUGAAAUUCCCAACCAAGCCAGCACCCCGAAACAUAACAAUGAUGACAAUGGUACCACCGCAAAAUCACCUCCAGAUGCAGCUGCACCAAACGAUAUUCCACCACCACCAGUGAUUUUUCCUCCUCCUGCAAAUGGGGAAGGUGCAGGUGCACCAAACGAUAAUCCACCACCACCAGUGGUUUUUCCUCCUCCUGCAAAUGGGGAACAGUACGGGCGCCGCGAAUUCAUCAAAAUCAUGAGUGUCUACAAAAGCAGAACCAAAAAGAAGGGGUAUGUAAUGAAUCAAUCAAUCAAGAACAAGUGGGUGCCUAUUGGCGGUCCUGCCAUUCGAUGCUUGCUGAGAGCAUAUGAAAAGCAUGUUGCCAAUGGUGGGACAAUUGACACCUAUCCUGACGACCCGUGGUUUGUUGCCAAAGGCGCAGCACCAUUGUUGGACUCAACUGAUCUAAGUGAGCUUGCGGCUGAAAUCGAUUCCAAAUCUGGCAGUUCACUGGACUUUGAGAGUCUACUGGCACAGAAAAUACGUGAAAAGCAUGGAGGAUCCGAUGCAGCCAAAGCUCCAUCCAGGAGAACUAUCUGUAAUUAUCGAGAUGUUCUAUCCAUGCUCUCUGCCAACAAAAAUAAAAACAGUAGCACUCCUGGGAACAACCAGCAAUUGUGA